AUGAAGUCCUGUUGGAUCUCGGUGCUUGCCUUUGGCACCCUGGCGUACUCGAUUGGAUUAAAUGUACCCGACCUCAACAUACAAGCGGAUAGCCCGGCUCUGAUUUAUACGGGCUCCUGCGAAGCAAUGGAUACCGACCUCCCGGAAGGUCUCACUCACUGUGGCCCAACUGAUGACUGGGUUGGAAUCUUUACGGAUGAGACAUACUGCAAAGUUCUACUGCAUUUACCUUCAGUUGGUUUGAAGGGAGUCUCAGGUGUCAUAGGAGUUUAUGACUCUAGUUCAAUGAUAUGUGGUACUUUUGGUGAACCGGGACAGCUGUACGAAGACGCCAAAUACAAUGAUGAUGGUUCGGUCUCUGGGGAAAUCAAGCUGUUCUAUGGAAAGCAUACGGAUAUUGGUGCAGGGUCCCUACACAUCACAUACGACUUUUCAAAUAGAGCACGGGGUAGUGCAUGGUUCCUACCUGGAACCAAGCCAGGGUGCCAGUCCUGGCAGUCUGAGGAUGGGUACACUAUUUGGACAGAACCAAACUGUGGGGGUGAUCAAGCGCAAUACCGGGCCGGUGGUGGUGAUUUGAAGGUAUGGAAUCGCGGCUCUUCCAACAACUUUAUUGCGAGGGGGGAUUCCCCUCGGCUCGCCGGUAACUAA